AUGACAGGAGGUGAAGCCGUUGAGCGGCCAGUGGAAGUUAUCGAUCUCACCAGCAGCGACGAUGGGGACUCGCCUCAAGAACCAUUGCCUACCAAAUCUGUCCAGCCCACGGAGCAGGAUCUCCGUUCGCAGUAUUAUCUAUGCGGCUGCGUGAUACGCACACCCUCCAGGUUUCCGCUCCAGAACGAUCCUAUCGGUGUUACGGAAGGCCCGCGCGAUACUGUCACCCAGCGUGUCGUUAUAUGCAGGGAUUGCUUGGAGUGUCAAGAUACUGAUCGAGUCAGUUUUGAGGCCCGGAAGGUCAAAGCGCAACAAGCGAUCGAUGAGUGUCAACGGAAAUACGAGGAUUUGAUGAGACAAUAUCGUCUAAUUGGAGAGGAGUACCAUGAGUGGCGACUGGUCGUCCGAUCAGGAACCGCAGAAGCCAACGCCGUUCGGCUCGCACACGAGCAAUUCGCCAUCGAAACAAAACCGUGGGAGGAAGAUCCUUUCUUCGCAGUGUACAGAACAGGGACCAGACUUCUCUCCCUGGCUGCUCGAGACCUGGAGCUUGCUGAAGAUAGCAUCCUGGUGAUGCGUGUCUUUCAGGAUCUCCAGUGGGCAAAGCAGCUGACAUACGGCUUCUCGCACCAAAUCAAAGAGCUCAAAGAGUGCAUAGAAGAAAUGAGGCGACUUUUCGAGCUGACUCUGCCGCCGCCAAGUCCAGAGCCGACAGAGAGCGAUGCGAAAGCGUUGCGUAGAAGCCGGAGAAAGCCAAAGUCACCGCCUUGCAAAGGAGCAGUGAACCAAUGUUCUCGACCCUAG